GCUGCGUGCAGCGACGUGGCGGCGGGGCCGGCACCGGGCAGCGGAAGUGGCUCCGGCGGUGGGACUUGAGUGUUUGUGUUUUGGUUCGUGAAGGAGCCGGCGCCUGGCCUUAGGGGAGGAGGCAGAGGGAGGAGGAGAAGGAAGACUUAGUCGGAACUCCAGCGCCGGCAGCGGCGGCGGAGGAGGAGAAAGGAAAGAGGAAGGCGGAGCGGCGAGAGGCGGAGACGAAGCCCGACAGGGGCAGCACGACGGCACGAGCCCCGCACAGUCCAGUGUGAGGGGAGCGGCGCGAAGAGCACACCACGACGCCGCCGCCACCACCACCGCCAUAGAUACACUCUUAUCCUACGGGCCACGCCUGGGCCUUGCUACCAGGAAGCUUCGGCCCCGCAGCUCGGCUUGCUGCGGUCUCAGCAGUGCCCUGGACCAGAGAACUAUCGAACCCGGCGUGUUGUUCUGUCAGCCCUGGUGACUCAUCCUCAAGGGGCUCUGGAGACCGGGAUUUGGGGACUGACUGAGGGAGCGACGGGUGUCACCCUUUCCCUUCUCAAGAUGGCGCCGUGGAAAGUGUACUGGAGGCCGCGGUUCCGCCUGGUCCCUGUCUUGGCAGCCCUGGGGGUCUCGGUCAAGGCAAGCCAGGUUCGGGGGAGGAGGUUGGAAAGGCCAAGAGACCUGGCGAGUGCUGCUUAUCCAGGCGAUCUGUAGUUGGCUGUUAGCUACUCAGGUGCUCUCCAAGCAGGAACCCGGGCCUACUGCAGGUUUCUUUACCUCCAGAAAGAAGAAUAUUGGCCCCUUGAAUUCUGGAAGUUCAUUGAAGACUCUGAAAUUAGGGACUUAUUUCAAAUUUGGACAUGGCUAGUCGAGGCGCAACAAGACCCAACGGGCCAAAUACUGGAAAUAAAAUAUGCCAGUUCAAACUAGUACUUCUGGGAGAGUCCGCUGUUGGCAAAUCAAGCCUAGUGCUUCGUUUUGUGAAAGGCCAAUUUCAUGAAUUUCAAGAGAGUACCAUUGGGGCUGCUUUUCUAACCCAAACUGUAUGUCUUGAUGACACUACAGUAAAGUUUGAAAUAUGGGAUACAGCUGGUCAAGAACGAUACCAUAGCCUAGCACCAAUGUACUACAGAGGAGCACAAGCAGCCAUAGUUGUAUAUGAUAUCACAAAUGAGGAGUCCUUUGCAAGAGCAAAAAAUUGGGUUAAAGAACUUCAGAGGCAAGCAAGUCCUAACAUUGUAAUAGCUUUAUCAGGAAACAAGGCCGACCUAGCAAAUAAAAGAGCAGUAGAUUUCCAGGAAGCACAGUCCUAUGCAGAUGACAAUAGUUUAUUAUUCAUGGAGACAUCCGCUAAAACAUCAAUGAAUGUAAAUGAAAUAUUCAUGGCAAUAGCUAAAAAAUUGCCAAAGAAUGAACCACAAAAUCCAGGAGCAAAUUCUGCCAGAGGAAGAGGAGUAGACCUUACCGAACCCACACAACCAACCCGGAGUCAGUGUUGUAGUAACUAAGCCUCUAGUUUGAACUAGCUGGAAUAGUCUUCUGCUUCCUAAAUGUUAAUAACAAUGGAAUUGGAGCAUUUAACCAGCCCAGUAUGACUUCCAAAAGAAGGGACUUAUGAUAGAGUCAAGUUUCUAAUACAGAAUUAUUUUAAGUGUUUUGAACUUAAUUUUUAAUAACAUGCAUGGGUCCCUCUCACUAAUGUUUCAACAAUAGGGAAAAAUGAGAACUAUGUGGACACUUGUUUCAUUGGAAGGUUAGGGGGAAUAAUUUCUCAUCACUAGGAAUAUAGACAAAUGACUGUCUGGACCCACACAGUUAACCAGCCCAUUUCUCCACACUGGUACAGUAGUCACCUGUGAAAAUAAAAUUGGAACUUACUAAUUUGGCCUUUUCAAAAACAUUCUUUGUUUAGAAGGAGAUUCUAAAGUUAUUUAUGAUGCUUAGCCAUAGUAUUCAGGCAAAUGUUCAUUUCUCCUGGUACCUGUAUUUAAAAUGUACAUUCCACAUUUUAAUAAAUUAACCACAAGAAAAUAAUCCCACAUAUACAAGGUUGGGGUGGAGAGGAGUAUUAAUGGUAUCUUAAUUAUACUUAGUCCUGUUUGUUUUUUUUAAAUGGGGUAAAAAUCAAAUGCAACCCCAUCUUGUUUUAGGAAUUUGAGAACUAAUAAAUGCACCUUAAUGGACAGUGUUCCUUUCAAACAUGUGAGUUCUUUAACAAAAAUGAAAUAAACCAGGUGUCUGUGAUUUCUAAUUAAUCACUGCUGGCCAUUAUAUAGGUUUUGUUGUUUGGGGUGGGGAGGGGGCUUUUCUUCCCUUUUGACAUCAUAUAGUCAAUGCACUAACAAUUAUGUAUAUUCAAACUUGAUUAUUUUAAAUUCGAUCUUCAGCUGUACUGUAAAUAGGGUACUGCAUUGUAGUCUCCAUAUCUGUAUUACUUUUCUGUAAUAUUUAAGAGUUGCUUAAAAGUAUACAAAAUGUACAGUUACUAAAACAGCUAAUUAUUUCUCUCUCCCCCUUUGACAGGAAGGGGUUUCAGUUGUUCCUCCAUGGCUAAGAACCAUAAUAAACAAUGUACCCGUAAUUUGUAACAUAAAGUAUUGCAAUAUGUUAGUAACAAUCUUGCAGCCUUCUUUUCCAAAGUUCAUUUUAUUUUGAUCAGUUGAGUAUAUUGCACUAAUUAUUUUAGGUAUUUUCAUUAUAUGAAAGCUACCAUGUGUCAGAGAUGAUUUAAUCUAUUUAAGUGUUGGACUGCUAGGAGAACUUGUACAUUUACGAUAAUGCAGAAUUAGGAAAACGGUUCACCAGUGUUUAGUUUUAUACUGAGGUGCUCAGGUUGGAAUAAAGUGGUAUAAAAAGCAA